AUGGUCCACGCCCGACCAUCUCCGAUUUUUUUAAAAUUUGAACAAAAGGAUUUUGGAUUAAAAGCAGAAUGGCACUUUUUUGCAACUUUUCAUGGUAAAAGUCCUUGCGAUGGAAUUGGAGGGACAACAAAAAGAUUGGUUGCAAGAGCAAGUUUGCAGGCAUCAACAAAAGAUCAGAUAUUGAACGCCAGAGAUUUUUACACAUACGCUGAUGCGAAAAUAAAUGGUAUUAAAUUUUUUUGGGUAGACAAAAAAGAAAUUAAAGAUCUGCUAGGAAAAAUGCUUGAAAAAGAUUUAGACAAAAAUGAUCAACUUUUGAUGAAACGUUUGUCUUCAGAUUUAUUUGGAUACAAUUUUAAUAAAAAUGAAAGUGAAGACACCAAUGAUGAUUAUGAGCCGGGUCGAUUUGUAGCUUUGGUCUAUAAUAUGAAAUGCAUAUACAUAGGCGCUGACUCCAUGGGGAUUGGAAGAGCUCGAGCCUCCCCUAUUUUUAGUCCUUCGGGCCCGCACAAUGCUGAACCUCCCAGUGUUUUGUUAUAA